UUUCACAUGAAGCCCUAAAUCUAACGAUCCAUUCCUUCAAAGCAUGGGCUUCUUCCGUCUAGGGUUUAUGGAGGUAACACUGCUUGGGAAUCAGUGCAUCUAAAACCUCGGAGAUUUCUGUCCCGGUGUUUUGGUAGAAAUGGUCGCUGAAGGAGAUUUUGAAAUGGCCAUGGAAGAUGAGUUGAGUGAUUUAGGAGCAGAGGCGAGCACAGAUGAUGAAAUGUAUGAAUUGGAAACAGAAGAGGGAACCGACACAACGGAAGAGAAAACUGAUGAAUCUGAAUCAGAAGCAAAGGAGACUGCCGAAGAUGAAAUGUGUGGACUUUUCAGGACCAAGCCUACCCGGCUGAAAGCCCAUGUUAUGUCGCAUCAUGGCGUAAAAAUAGGCACAUCAGGUAAAAUAGAUAAAUUGUUAGAGAAGAAAAACCCAGAAGAUUGCAAAAUCUUUGAAUCAGAAGUGAAAAAGUGCAGGAAAGUUGAAAAUAAUGGGUCGAUGCAGAGGAAUAUAAGGCGCUACUGCUGUCAAAUAUGCGGAUUCAUCAGGUCCAAGCGCAAGCGGCUCAUAGUCCACAUUAUGUCGGAUCAUGGCGUCGAAGUAGAUAUAGCAGGUGAAGUAGAUAAAUUCAUAGAAAAGAAAAACCCAGAAGAUUGCGAAAUCCUUGAAUCAAAAUUGAAUAAGAGCAGAAAAGCUGAAAACAAUGGAUCGAAACCGAGGGAUAUAAGACGCUACUGCUGUCAAAUAUGCGGACUCAUCAGGUCCAGGCGUAAGCGGCUCAAAGGCCACAUUAUGUUGCAUCAUGGAGUAGAAAUAGACACAGCAGAAAUAGAUAAAUUGGUAGAAAAGAAAAAUCCAGAAGAUUGCGAAAUCCCUGAAUCAGAAGCAAAACAAAGCAGAAAAGUUGAAACUAAUGGAUUCAAAGUGAGGGAAUUGAGAAGUUAUUGUUGUACGCUCUGUGGACUCGUCAGAUCUAAACGUAAGCUGCUACAAACUCACAUUAUAUUAGAGCACAGCGGAGAAAUGAACACAACAGGCGAAAUGGACAAAUUUAUAGAGAAAAGACGCUCAGAAGAUGAUCAGAGGGGCUACUCAUGUCAAAUAUGUGGAGUUCUCAGAUCGAAGCGCAAACUCCUCAAGUUACACAUGUUCUCAUCUCAUGGCCCAGAAGCUCUGAAAAGCGACAAUAGAUUUGCUUCGAAAGGGCCGGGCAAACAUUCACUAUGCAUCUGUAACAUCUGCGGGAUGUCAUUCGCCAAGCUCUCGCACCUUCAGCAGCACAAGAUAUCGCACUCAGCCCUGAGAUCAUUUGCUUGCCCGAUUGAUGGUUGCCAUUGCAGCUAUAAGAGGCAAGACCAUUUAAAUCGUCACUUGCUAAAACAUGAAGGGGAGCUGUUUGUGUGUCCCAAAGAGAACUGCAAAUUGCAGUUGUCAACAUUGUCCAAUUUAAAACGCCAUUUGAAUCGGCACAGAGAGAGAGGCAAUUCAUGGCAUAGCCAAUCUGUUAAGUCCAAAGAGACUACAAAGAAACAUAUCUGCCCAGAUCGUUUUUGUGACAAGGCUUUCAAAUAUCCUUCAAAAUUGGCAAAGCACCUUGAGGAUGUACAUUCAACAAAAUACACUGAGAUAAUUUGCUGUGAGCCUGGCUGUUUGAAGUACUUUACAAAUGCAGAGGCCUUGAAAGAACAUUUGCGGCAGGCCCACAAUCGCAUCUGUUGUGAAGUUUGUGGGAGUCAGCAGUUGAAAAAACAGAUUAAGAGACAUAUGCGAAUUCAUGAAAAUAAAACCUGUGUGAAGAGUAUAGCAUGCCCUUAUGAAAGAUGUCUGCACAGCUAUACUACAAAAUCUAAUCUUCGCCAGCACAUCAAAUCAGUACAUCUUGAAUUGAAACCAUUCAAGUGUCAAUUUGGAGGAUGUGGAAUGACUUUUGCUCAUAAGUCUGCCAGGGAUAGACAUGAGAUGUCUGGGACACAUUGCUAUGUCCAAGGAGAUUUUAUAGAGGAGGAUGCAGCCUUUCAAUCAAGACCACGUGGUGGCCGAAAGAGAAAAGCAUUUACAACGGACUCCAUCUUUAGGAAGAGAGUUGCAGGUCCAGAUCAAAGCACUGUUCUUGAAAAUGGAUUGCCUUUCAUGGAUUGGUUAAUGUCAGACAAUGCUGAAUGAAUCUAAUUCUAUUUUGGAAUAUCCAGAGAUCGAAGGGUAAUGAUUUGGAACUUUUAGUUUAUUUAAUAGAGCAGAAAUUUCAAAAUGGCAUUAAGAAGACAAGUUACUAUUGCAGUGUUGAUCACUCAGAGGUGGUGGGGUGUUACGUUAACUGUCCCUGGGAAUUUGAAAGCUAUCAAUUCAAGCCACUCAACUAUAGUUAUGAGAAUCAAGGUUUUCUUACGAACACUAGUUGUGCAAGUCUGGAAUUAUAAAUACUCCACAUUCAGAAAUCCUUGGAAGCUAAGGAAUUACAAGUGUUGUGGUAACUAAAAUGCUGGAUCAUCUUCUAUUGUUAGUGACCGCAAGUUAUGGUUCACUGGGAAGUGGGGAUGGUUAAUACAUUAUUAGCAUCUUCUGUAGGUGAUCAUUAUUUGUAGUAUAUUUUUUUGUAAAGCUCCGUUAGUACCCAGAUGCAUGUAACUUUGGGUCAUUUAAUCACUGUAAUUUAUAUGUAAUAUACAUUGUACAGCCUGCAACCUUGCUGUGAAUAUAAUAUUUGGAAGCCAUUAUUUUUUCCAUGUUUCA